AUGUUCGGCACCAUCAUGGCGAAUCACUUUGUAGCUAGUCGCAAGGGCGACCAUUUUAUCAAAGGAUGGCACGACAUCCUCGUCCAUCUCUGGAAAGGCCGUCAGAACCACAAAGGCAUCAUCCAGGGUCGUCUUGUGUCCUUUGCCCUCAGAAACACUUUCAAGGAGGCCGAAGAAGCCAACUUCAACUGA